GUUAUUGUUUUGUUAGUCACCUUGUAGUGGCUUGUAGCUUGUUUGUACAGGUUCGGAUCGAGUGAAGACGUGACGUGCUUAUCCUCUCCGUUAAUUCUGUAUUGUGUGUUUGUAUUUUGUUUCAUACAAAAUGUACGAGUGCUGUGUAUGUAAAAGUUCACGACAGGACGCUAUUUUACAUCAUUUUCCUCGCACUGAGAAAAGACUCAUGAAGUGGUUAAAGUGUCUAAAUCGUGAUAAUCUGAAAAAGUUAUCACCAGAAGAACUUUCAAACGUUUUUGUAUGUCAAAGAGGUUUAUUACGCCGAAAUCACGUCUCAUAGGCAGUGCAUAUCCAUCUUUGUUUACCGAAGACGAGAUUUCCUCUGGAAUACCAUCACAGGACAAUGCCGAAAACAUGGAUAUUGAUUUGGAGCAUAGUUACUCGCGUAAAAGACACUUUGACCACACAUACUUUCAAAGGGAACCACUAAAAGAAGUAAUUGCCUCUAGCUCCAGUGAGUCUCAGAAUGUGCCUGGCCCAUCGCAAAUUCCACCGCCUAAACAGGACUUAGUUAAUCCUGUAAUCAUUGAACCAGUGAUGGAUGAAGCAUUUCAAGCCUCUGGCUUGGAUACAGUCAGAAUUGCUAAGGAUCCGAAACCUAUGAGGAGACGUUUAAUCACGAAAGUAAAAGAUUUGUCACCAACAUGCAAAAGUAUUUAUAAAGAAUACAAAAAGUCUAAACAGCAGGCCGAUUUUCAUCGAAGAGCUAAGAGAGCCCUUCAGUUUAAUAAGAAAAUGUUGUUCGAAAAAUUAACAAAUAAAAUGAAUCCUUAUGCAAAAAAGCUUAUGAGAAUGCAAAUUAAUCUUUGUACAAGAACCAAGAAAGGUAGGCGAUUCACAACCGAAGAAAAAAUAAUCAGUUUAUCGAUUAUGAAGCAGAGCCCAAAAUGUUAUAAAUUCUUGCAAAAAAUUUUUAUAUUGCCCUCAAGGUACACACUUAAUAAAAUGGUGGCAAAACUAAAUAUUCAUACAGGGAUCAGUCUGCAAGUAUUCAAAUUGAUGAAGAAGGAGAUUGAAACCUGGGAUGAUAAAAAGAAGAUGUGUUCGAUCCUAUUUGAUGAGAUAUCAUUAGAAAGUAUGUUAACUUUUGAUAAAAAUAGAGACUUAAUCAAUGUCUUGGUGGAACUUAAAGAAAAGAAAAACGAUUAUGCAGACCACGCUCUGGUAUUCAUGAUAAGAGGUGCUGUGUUCAAAUGGCAGCAACCUGUGGCAUACUAUUUCUGUCAAGGAGCUACCAAAAGCGCAGAAUUGAAAGAAAUUUUAAGGGAUGUUGUUUCGGCUGUGACUGGAUGUGGAUUGCAGCCGAUUGCUUUGAUUUGUGAUCAAGGUGCGGCGUUUCAAUCGACUUUAAAAGGUUUUAAAGAAGAUAGAGCACAUGAACAAUUAAUUUCAAAUCAAGAACCAGAUGGCACAGUCAUUAUAAGUGGAGUGAAUCUUCAUAUUAUUUAUGAUCCACCACAUCUGAUAAAGGGUUUAAGAAACAACUUUUUAAACAAAGAUAUUCUUGCAAAUGGAAAGAUCUCCAAAUGGCGUGAUAUUGUGGAUGUAUAUGAAACAGACUGCAACCACACAGAAGCUAGACUCCUACAUAAGUUAAACGAUCAACAUGUUAUUCCAGAAAAGAUUAAAAAGAUGAAGGUAAAAAAUUGCGUGAAAGUAUUCAGCAAAACUGUGUCUGCAGCAUUGUCAUAUACAGCAAAGUUUUCUCACUAUGCAGAUGGCAGACCAGUCAGUAACACUUUACAAAACACUGCAGACACUGUUUUGUUCUUCGACAAAUUGUUUGACAGCGUCAAUGGAGCUGCAAUACUGUCAAAAAGAAAAGGAGAAAUAUUAAGAACAGCAGUAACGGAAAAAUCACCUCAUCACGAAUUUUGGAGGGAAUCAAUAAAAAAAUUGGAAGAAACCAA